CAGACACAUUCCACCUUAGUCCCUUUAAAAAGCAUAUUCACGAACAAAAUAAUAAGUAUACGAUCAAUAAACAGGAGGAUUAAUAGUACAAAUGCUUAUAGAAAAAAAAAACAGGUGUGAUAGCAUGUAUCAUUGAUCAUGUUAUCUCCAACUCAAUUUCAGGAAUGAAAAUGGCAGUUGUACGUCAAUCAAAGAAAUGAAAGUGAGCCACACUGAGAAUCUCGUGUUUUACAUCCUUACACUGACAACACAAAGAGUAUAUACCCUGUGUCCACCCAAUGGAAUAUCAAACUCAGAAGCUUGCUAUUGGAUUGUUGAUAUAGGAACUGAAUAUGAAGUUAUUAAUGCAUGUAAAGCAAACAACGGCACUCUUGCAUCUAUUCCAAACAGGAACGUGUCAGACUUCAUAACAUCUAGCUUUGACAGUCUGUUCAUAAAUACGAAUAUUAAAUUAUACGGUUCUGUAAAUGGAUAUUUUAUUGGUGUGAAUGACAAAUUAACUGAAAACGUCUUCAUGAACUAUGAGGAUGAAUUGCAGAAUUGGACAAACUGGGACAAUGGAAAACCAGAUGGUAAUACCCUCCAGAAUUGUGUUAAACUCUUUCCAUACUUUGUCUAUAAAUGGGAUGAUGAUGACUGUACAGUAGAGGCACCUGGUCUGUGCUACUUCAAAUUUCCAAAAGAUACAUCGACUGUUUCCAUGGAAACAACAGCAGAUACAACCUCAACAGAAAGAACAACAAAUCUGAUAACAACACAAUUGCUAGCAACAACUUCUCAAAAACUAAUAUCAACAAUCAGUGACUAUACAACAGAAACAAGAACCACUAAAAUGAUUGGAACAACAUCAGAAACAAUAACCAGUGAAAUUGUCGGAACAACGUAUUCAGAAAAUACCACUGAAGAAUGCAUAUGUGUCUGCUACGCUACAAAUCAACCUAUAGACCGAAGUGAAUUACAAGCAAAGAUUGAUAAAUUAGUCAAAGAACUAACUAUUCCUAAAAAGGAAACAUCGCGGAAUAAAAGAAAGUUAAUAAGUGCACCAGAUAACAGAACCAGUGCAAAGAGUAUUGGCUAUGUUGGAGCCACUGUUCUGAUACUGAUUGGUGGUCUCAUCAUUGGGAUGGACGCUCUAAAUAUUUGUAAAAACGUCUCGUCAAAAUAAAUCUUGGUGUGCAAUAUGUAACCUUUGAUUCAACUAGACAUCAUGCUAUUCAGCACUCAAACGUAUGCUUAUGUCGAUACAUGUCAUAGACACUUAUAUUGUGCAGUUCAAAACACUUUUCUGAAACUAAAGAAAUACGAAAACAAUAUACCAAGGGAAAACAGCUGAAACCGUAGUUUUUAUUAUUAAAUACAAAAAAAAUAAAUAAAAUCUUUGAAUUUUAGAUACAGUGUCAUACGUGUAAUAAACUAUUUAUAGAAUGGUUGUGUUUAUACAGAAUUGUUAUGCUGUUAAUGCGUUAGUAACAAUAAAGUAUCACCUUGAAGUGAAUUUAUUCUACAAAUAUCAUAACAACUGCCAAAGCCAUUCUGUAAAAGGUACCCGCUGAGCUUGUGCGGACAUUUGAAAUUGGGACAAGUAUACAGAAGAAGCCGUUGUAGAAACAAUAGUCAUGCAGUAUUGUAUUUAAAAAAAAUAUCGACUUGUGGAUUAUACCGGACGUCUUAUUUUUAUCUGGCUAUCGGUAACAAUACACUUGCAUACAAAUGUAGGACAGGGCAUUAGAAAUAAGGAUAGAAAGUUAACAAUGACUUUCCAAGAUACAUAAAAAAAGUUUUUUUUUAUUCGUAUCAGUAUUUUACAUAUUUACACAAAAGCGUUUAAAUCAGCAUGAGUUAAACAUUCUCAUGUGAACUAGUUUAUUUUUUUAAUGAGUAGCACAUAUUUUACAAUAUUUGUACUUUAGUUCGAUAUAUUCGCGUUCAAUAUAUUUUCAUGCUCUGUCGGCGUUGGAACUGGUCCUUUAUUUUUCUAUGCCAGAUUAUGUUUACGUACAGAUUAUAAUGCAGAUGGCUUCUGAUUACAUAAAAAGAAAUCUUGUUAAUUCAA